ACAACCACACACCACCAGGGAAAGCUGCUGAAAGCCCCACCGUGUGUUUGGGCAUGGAGGAGGGCAGCAUUAUUGUGUACAAGAGCAGUCAGCGGUCAAAGAAAGUCCGUCUACAGCAUUUCUUCACCCCAGACAAAUCCACGGUGACCAGCCUUGUGUAUCAGAAACACUGUCUCUAUGUGGGCUUGGUGAGCGGCUCUGUGCUCGUCUACUCCAGAUCUUCAGAUGGUUUGUGGAGCUCCGACAACCCUAAGGUGCUGAAGCUGGGCGUUUUACCCGUGAAGGCAAUGCUGGCAGUGGAAGAGCACCUCUGGGCGUCAUCAGGAGGGCAGGUUUUCAUCAUCAGCACCCAAUCUCACACUGUUGAGAAGCAGCUGGAGGCUCACCAGGAGGAGGGCAUGGUGGUGUCCCACAUGGUGGUAGCUGGAGUGGGCAUCUGGAUUGCCUUUAGUUCUGGCUCCAGCCUCCGUCUUUUCCAUACAGAGACCCUGGAGCACCUACAGGACAUUAACAUCGCCACGCCUGUCCAGAGUAUACUGCCUGGUAACCAUAGAGUUUCUGUGAGCAGUUUGCUAGUGUGUCAUGGACUGCUUUUGGUCGGCACCAAUCUGGGGGUGACGGUGGGCCUAUCAGUUCCCAGACUGCAGGGGAUCCCCAAGGUGACAGGUCGGGGUAUGGUGUCCUUGCACGCUCACAGUGGACCAGUGAAGUUCCUCACUAUGGCAGCUGCAGUUUGUAAUCGCCCCUCAUCCACAAUACUGUCUAACACUGCCUCUGCCCAACCUGUUGAGCUCAUGGAUGGAGAUGGCGCUGAUCCUCCAUCAGACUCAACCCUCACUCCGGCGCAGAGCAGAGGGGUGUGGCUGGGAGAGACAGGCUGCACCAGCAUGGCUCUCCAAGACUCCCUCUCCUCCUCCUCCUGUGGCUCCCUGGCCCCCUCCCAGGGCUCCCUAGAGCAUGGGCCCGAGGAUGGGGCCCUGUACGACCUGCUGCAUGACCCGUCCCACAAGCAGAGGGGCCGCCGCACCAACAAGGUCAGCGUCAGCUCUGUGCUUGUGGUCUCUGGGGGGUCUGGGCCACCGAAAAGUCAACAAGAAGACCAAACCAUCACGCCAUGAAGACACAACAUCUAACAUCAUGAUAUGGCAGAUCCCACUGAUUAACAUGUAAAGGACCAAAACACAAGACAAGCACAGAAUGAGUCAAAUGACAAUUUCAUUACUGAAUAUUUAUGUUUCUGAUACCAGAGCUGCUUCAAAUAUAAGUACCAUAAGAACAAGAAAAGUGCAUAUUUAAAAUGAUAGUUAUAACCACUGAUACAUAACAGUAUUUGACAAAACUGUGUAUUUAAAAAAGACUUGCUUGUUAAUAUGCUUUUCAACAUAAGAGUGUAUCAUUCAUUUGUAAACAGAGCUACUACUUAUUUGUUUGCGUGCCAUGUCACAACAUAGAAAUUCAGUAUUUACAUUUUGGAAAUUGAAUAUGAAUCUGUGGCCUUUGUAAGGUUACAAUUCUGAUUGGAAUCAUGUAACAUAUUUUAUACAGACAUUUCAAGGUUUAGACUGACCUUAUGGAAGCAUUGUAAGAAUGUCUCAGGAUUAUGUUGGAAAGGACUGAAGAUUGAAUUUGUUUUUGUCAAAUAAGUCGAUCAAUUUUUUAACACUGAACAGCUGUUAGGAAGGGCCUAAAAAUCCUAACAAGAGAAAAAGGGAAAUGAUGACAAAUAUUUUGAACUGUCUUAGAGAUGGGACUUCCUGGCUGGCCAGGUUUAGUUAUGCAUGUGCGGGAUGUAUUACUACUCAUUUGUUUCCCCAUUUGUCAUUAUGUAGGUUUGCUACAAGGAUAUUUAAAAAUACAUGUUUUAUACUGCCA